GCAGAACUCAAAACCGAGAUCAUCGAGAGGCUCGACAGUCAAGAGACAACUCGGACCCGGUUCGAAGCAGUUGCCGAGCGAGCGUUUGAUGCGCUCACCAAGCGGAAUGAUUCUGUCUGCACGACAAUCCAGACUGUCCAGUCCCAUACUUCAAGCAAGCUGGAUAGCGGGCAAAUCAUUGCCGAGCGUAUCGACACAUCUGUCUCGAGAAUGGAGACGUCCGUCUUGCCGACGAUGCAAGCCGAGGCACGGGAUGCGUCGGCGAAUAUUUUGAGCCAACUGGACGAGAUUUCAAGCCGAUUGCAAGCAAUGAGCGGCAUGCCGUGGGCUGGUGACUUCCCAUGUCCAUUAGAUUCAACAGGUGGCAGUGCAAAACUCGAAGCUGCGCAACAGAAUGAAAUGACACUGAAGAAACUGGACAUGCUGGCAAUUCGGCGGUUGCUGUCGAAACGGAGCGGUCUGCGGGAUGCACUUGACACUCUGGAAACUGCAGUCACUCUGCAGAACGCAUACGGAAUGCCGAUUCGACAAGCCGUUGGUUCAGAACGUGCGACAAAUGGGUACCCUCGAAGGUGUUCAUGUAUGCCGUACAAAAUGACACAAAGGCGGCAUGUGAAGCUCGGCUUAUCUCAAUUUGUGACCGCCCAAACGACAACCUCAAACCAUCACCAGUUCUGCGAACUGUACGGAACUGCAGUAGCACGAUUCGAGACGCGCCGGUUGGUGAUCGCCCGACUUCAAUACUUCACUGUAGCGGUUGAGGCUGCGCUCCGCAUAUCCUCGAGCUGGCAGCAGGGGGCGGGAGGGUUUAGCCUCAGCCCAUGCCUGAAGUAUAACAGCGUCGUCGAUAGAAGAAAAGCCCCUGCCUUCAGGCUCUUCAACGUACUGGUUGGUCUGAUGAUGUCAGAUAGAAAUCGGCGGAUCAUCUUGGGCCAGACGGAGACGAUGAAAGCUCUUCUCGACCACGUCCUCACAAAGCUGAGAGCUCUACUUGAAGCGCGAAAAUGUUCCAUCACGGACAUCGAUAAGGACGGGAAUACGCUUGGGCACAUGUUAUUCAAGCUGAUGCACAUCUAUGCGAUAUGUGAACGAAGUCAACUCGAGCAUCUGCAAGAGCUCUUCCCCUCCUUUUUCUGGCAAAUGACAGAGGUCUACGGCGUUUCCGUCGUCGAGGAAAAUUACCACGGCAGGACACCCUACACGGAUCGACUGUGGCGGGAAGGAAGCGAUGAAGCUAUGCUCUUCUCUCACUCAGUUCUGCCGAGAGACAAACAGGGCACGCUGCAAUGCCCUGUGGCACGAGAUUCCCAGUUUCCGCUGUGGUUCCCGGAUCCAUCGCCUUUUCGAUAUGGGUCCUCUGAGCGCGGCAAUUCUCCGAGACGAGGGUGAGCUAGUCAGGAAAAUGCUAAAGGCUAAUCCAGACAUGGUGAUGGAAGAAGCAGCGUUCGGCCUUGAAACCCAUUUCACUCUGUCCACGACAUUUGCCCUGUGCCUGAAUGAAAUCAUCGAGUCAUUGAAGGCGUCCAGCCGGG